GCAGAGAGUGAGAGGAGAGAGAGUGCCGAUGAUGAGAGGAAUCCACGGCGGUGUAUCAACAGUCGUCCCAAAUCUAGGAUCCUGCCCUUCCUUUUCUACUUCAGAAUACCCUUCUCCGCGCCUUCCAAAUACCCCAUUUCUUCAUUUCCCUUCUCUGUCCACCAUCCAAGGAUCCAAUCUCAGCCGUUCGUUCCCUUCAAAACACAAACAGCCCAUCAGAGUCGCAGCGGCAAUGUCUUCUUCUACUCCUCCAUCAUCAGAUUCCAAACCCUUCUCCGUUCUUUUCGUCUGCCUUGGCAACAUAUGCCGAAGCCCAGCAGCAGAAGGUGUAUUCAGGGGCAUUGUGAAACAAAAAGGAAUGCUACCCAAUUUCAGAAUCGACUCUGCCGGCACAAUCAAUUACCAUGAGGGUAAUGAAGCUGACCCACGAAUGAGAGCUGCAUCGAAAACACGUGGGAUAGAGAUAACAUCCAUUUCAAGGCCAAUACGACCGUCAGAUUUUAGAGAUUUCGAUAUUAUACUGGCAAUGGACAUGCAAAACAGAGAUGACAUAUUUGAGGCUUUUAAUAGGUGGAAAACCAAGGAAUCCCUCCCUGAUGAUGCUUAUAAAAAGGUUAGGCUAAUGUGCUCCUAUUGUAAGAAACACAAGGAAACUGAAGUUCCUGAUCCUUACUAUGGUGGACCCCAAGGUUUUGAAAAGGUUUUAGAUAUACUAGAAGAUGCAUGCGGAUCGUUAUUAGACAGCAUCUUGGCAGAGAACAGUCAUAUUUCUGAUUCAUAAUUCUUCAAGACAACCAUUUCUAUCAAAUUCCAGCUCGGAUUUCGAUUGAUCUGUCUACCGAAUCAGAUUGCAUCUGGAAUUGAUAAAAGAAAAAGAAAAAUGAACACAGCUUGUUCUUAAAACUAGAAAUGAAUGUAAAAGAUUAUUGGAGUUUCUGUAACUUUGUUGUUCCUUGUUUCUGAGAAUACCAGUGCACUUUGUAAGGCA